AUGGCUAACAUGACGAACAAAAAGUCCUCCGAAAGGUCGCCCCUCCUCAACGAGGACGACAACGACAACCGCCGCCGCCGCGAGCAAUCCAACCCCGACGACGCCUCGGACGAUGCCGACCCCCAGCCCCCCGGCCCUUCGCGCCUGCGCGAGAUAAUCCUCUUCAUCUGGGCCCUCUUCGCGACCGCCGCCGUCAUCGUGCUGGCCGUCUGGUCCCAGCACCGCAACCAGACCGGCGGCCAGUUCCGCCACCCGGGCAAGCGCAACCUGAUCUUCAUGGUCUCGGACGGCAUGGGCCCGGCCUCGCUGUCGCUGACGCGCAGCUACCGCCAGCACGUCGAGGGCCUGCCCGAGGGCGACGUCCUCACGCUGGACAAGCACUUUUGGGGCUCCAGCCGCACGCGGUCCUCCAACUCCCUCGUCACCGACAGCGCGGCCGGCGCGACCGCCUUCUCGUGCGGCAAGAAGAGCUACAACGGCGCCAUUUCGGUUCUCCCCGACUACGAGCCCUGCGGCACGGUGCUGGAGGCGGCGAAGCGGGCGGGCUUCAUGACGGGUCUGGUCGUGACCACGGACAUCACCGACGCGACGCCCGCGUGCUUCGCGAGCCACGUCCUCACCCGCGCCAUGAACGACGACAUUGCCCUGCAGGAGGUCGGUGCUGGCCCGCUUGGUAGAGUGGUGGACAUCAUGCUCGGCGGCGGACGGUGCCACUUCCUCCCCAACGGAACCGAAGGCAGCUGCAGACUCGACAACGAGGACGUUGUGGCCAAGGCGCAGAAGGAGUUCGGCUGGAACUACGCUGGCGACCGCAAGGCUUUCGACGCGCUGAAUCUGGGCGAGAAGGUCAGCUUCCCGCAGCUUGGUCUCUUCGCGCCGGGCGACAUCCCAUUCGAGCUUGACCGCCGCAACAUGAGCGACGUCUACCCGAGUCUCAGCGAGAUGGCGAAAACUGCCAUUCGUGCGUUGGAGAAGGCGACCGAGAACAGCGACAAGGGUUUCUUCCUGAUGAUCGAGGGCAGCAGAAUCGACCACGCCGGCCACAUCAACGACCCCGCCGCGCAAGUCCAUGAGGUUCUGGAGUACGACAAGGCUUUCAAGCACGUGUCCGACUUUGUCAAGAACAGCAAGACUCAAUCCCUUUUGGUGGCCACCAGUGAUCACGAGACCGGUGGCCUCGCGACCGCACUGCAGGAGCCUGGACACUUGCCGGUCUACAACUGGUACCCCCGCCAGCUCGCCAAGGCCACUGCCUCCGCUGAGUUCCUGUCCAAGAAGUUCAUCCAGCACGUCGCGAGCAACAAGUCCAAGAGCAAGGACGACCUCAAGAAAUGGGUCAACGAAAAGCUGGUCGUUCCCGGUCUGGGUAUUCACGACGCCCACACGGAGGAGCUCGACGCGCUGGUGAACAACCCCGGCGUGUCUGUGCAGACCUUUGCGGCCAUGAUCAGCCUCCGCGCGCACAUCGGAUGGAGCACGCACGGCCACACGGCGGUGGACGUCAACGUCUACAGCACCGGCGGAGCGGACGCGAUGAAGAUCCGCGGCAACAUCGAGAACAUCGAGAUUGGCCAGUUCUUGCGCAACUACCUCAACGUCGACGUCGAUGCCAUCACCGACGAGCUGCGGGAAAAGAUGAACGUGAAGCAGCUGGGUGCCAUGAGUCUGCAGCAGACGCCCGCGGCCAUGGCCGAGGACCCAAGCAGCUGGGCCGAGGGACAGGAGUAUGCUCACCUCUUGAAGGCCUGA